AUGCUGCAUUCAGAGGCUUCAGGAUCUCAGGGCCUUUCUGCACUUGAGAACCCCCAAAACUAUGUGCAGGCACUGUCUCGAAGACGCUGUUCUCCACGAAGUUUUCCCUAUACUUCGCACCAUAAUAGUACUCGUCGGCAAUUUAUCGAAAAUGCAGCAGUUGACUGUGAUAAGGUUUCAACAGGUUGCCUUUGCGACGUUGAAUAUAAUGCUUCUCCUCUUCCGUCAAUGGGUGAGAUGAUUCUCCCAGCCCAUGGCGGUCGGUCCAAGAGCCCCGUGGUAGCCGUCAUCGGAACCGGGUACAUUGGAUUUCAGCUUGUCGCAACAUUUGGCCAAAAGUAUAAAACCAUUGCCUUCGACAUUCGCGAAGAUCGCAUCAAGGACAUUGCCUCCCUGGUAGGGAGAGAGCCCAAUAUUAUCUGCUCGACGGACGCUGCCCAGCUGGUGAACGCCACCCACUUUCUGAUUGCCGUACCUACUGGCCUCUCGUAUGGGAGUAAGGAGGUUGAUAUUUCCCCGCUCCACGCAGCCCUUGAUACGGUUGGACGAUAUGCGCAGAGAGAAGCCACUGUAGUGAUAGAAAGUUCGGUUGCCGUUGGGAUGACGAGAAAACUCCUAGGACCUCUCCUAGUUACGAAGGCUCUUAAGGGCGGCAUGUCCCCCGAGGGAAUCCCAAAGGUCAUAUCCGGCCUUGAUGAUAUUUCCCCUGGUUCUUUGGCCAGCAUCGAGUCACUUUAUGGCAGCAUCUUCGCAAAUUUGGUCAAGGUAUCUACUCCGGAAGUGGCAGAGAUGACUAAGCUGUACGAGAACUGCCAACGGAUGGUCUGCAUUGCCUACGCUAACGAAAUGGCUGACGCUUGUGCUGUCCAUAACAUUGACCCAUUUGAGGUGUCCUCUGCUGCGGCAACAAAACCGUUCGGCUAUUGUCCUAUCGUUCCAGGUAUUGGUGCCGGAGGAAGUUGUAUUCCCAUCAAUCCUUAUUACCUCUUCCUUGACGGAAAGUUUCCUCUGUUAAAAUCUGCCACCGAGAAUACAUGGAAUCGACCACGUGUAAUCGCGGACCGAAUUAUGGCCUCUUAUUGGGAGUCGCGCCCGGAACGGAACGGCUUUUCACGGCUGAACCCGAGUAUACUCGUUGUCGGAGUCGCUUUCAAGCCUGGCCAGUCUUCGGUUACCUUUUCGCCCGGAGUGGCCCUGAUCCAGCAUCUUAUGACACAUUGGAAAGCACAUGUCACAUUUGCAGAUCCCCUUGUCCAAUCGAUCCCUGUUCCCAAUGUGACUCGGUUGGAUGAGUCUAAGGAGUGGCAUAAGCAGCGAUUGGAGCAGUUCGACAUCAUUAUCGUCGCAAUGAAACAGGACAACUUAGAUUGGGCCCUCCUUGGUGGUUUGGAGGGGGUCCGCCUGAUCAUGUGUUGCGCGUAA